CACGUGACACCGCCGGUCGUUGGAUGUAUGAAAAUUGCCGGUAGUACAAAAUUCUCGUGAUGUUUAUAAGUGCUGAGUUUCUUCAAUAAUUUAAUGUGAAAUAAGUACUAUGUACCGUGUGAUAAUGAACAGUUAAAAAUGUUUGUAGUACGUAAAAGUCUGUUCAUAAAAGCUGCGAUUUAUGUUACGGUAUUUCGGGCCUAGUGCCAAACAGAGAAUUGAAUAUUAAGAGGUUACGAUGACUGCGGAACUUUCGACAAGCGCUAAAUGCAAGGAACUUUUAAUAUGGAGAAUGUUUACGGCUAUCCUGACCAGCAUUUGCGUCCAAUUUAUAUUUAUGAGCUUCGUCAUACUGAUAAUAAAUUUCCGGAUAAUGCAUCCGUUCACAUGGAUUAUAAACACGUGGAAUGCAGUAACGUGCUUCCGCACUUGGAGUUACUUUCUCAUUUUAGCCGCGGUGAUAUUCCUGCAGGGUGUGAUAUGCAGUAAGGAUUACUUAACAGCUCCCGUCCAUCGAAAAAGCAGAUUCUCGAUCGUCUGUAACAUGUUCAAACCACACAAUUUGCUUGUUGGAGGAUUGCACAUCUUAGUCGGAGGUGUGCUAGUCUGGCUUCAUUUAUCCCUGCAGGACGAACGCCUUGGUUCGCUGACCGUAAAAUGCAACGGAGAAGAAACGUGCCUCGUUGAAGAAAACUUUUUCCUACUCCUCGGCGGCUUUUGGAUUGGCUUUUACUUCUUUGUCAAAUCAAAUUUCCAUACGACACAUCUUCACUUCCCAAUUGUGCCUCGAUCUAAGUUUUCCCAAAUCAAAUGUGGAAUCGGGUACCUUCUACCACACGCCGCAAUGAACGCAGUGUCUCCUGUUCUAUGCUUCAUAUUCUUUUACUACAUCGAUGGAGGAUACUGCAGAGAAACGGUGCUCUCUAUUUUCUCUAUAAAAAUGAAGGAUGUACCGUUGGACACACUUUACGGCCUGCUGAACAUAUCUCUGUUCUUUUACGCCUGGCUAUUCACCUCUCUCUUCCUCUUAACAACAAACACGAUGCAUUUGUCAUUCGAAGCUCAUCUGACGCAAAGGAUAGUUUUUGACAUUGAGCAGCAAAACUUAUUUGCCGAUCAAUCCUCUGGAAUGUCUCUUGCAGAUGCAUUGGCCACUGACCAAGUACCUAUCAUACAACAUUUGGCCUACCUUGACUUGGUUACGCUGGCGCAGAAAGAAAAGUCACGCAGAUCGAUAUUAUUUACUCUCAGUACUCCAGGCUGUCGUCCAUGCAACUGGAACAGUAUAGCUGUAAAAUGCAUGGGACUGUUGAACAGUUUUACUCUAGAACUCAACCAAGCAUGUGCUAAAAAUCACAAGCCGAUAUCUGGGCCAACUCAUGCAUCGGCAUCUGGAAAGUUGUCCGAAACUUCGUAUCCCUACAAAAUGAGAAACUUGACCGCUGCUAGACUCCUUGCGCCAAAUUUGGACUCUACGAUUCCUGUUGUACCCAAACAAAACUCCAACGGAGAACUGUUCGUCACUCAGUUUCUCAGAAGUAAACGAGAGGAAUUUAUAUCAUAUCUAUUAUCGAUGCCUAUGAUCCGUUAUGUAUUUGAAGAGUCUUUGGAGGAAAAGAUACGAUAUAUAUUUAGAAAUGCUCAACCGCUUAUAUGGGCUGCGGACGGUAUUUCUUCGUUGAUUGUGAUUUCCCUUAAAGAGGAUCAGUAUGGGGUAAUACAACAAGACUUGCCAACGAUUAUCGGAACUUUGUUAUCUCUGAAGGAAGCUUUGGAUAAAUUACACAAAGCUAAUAUAUUUGUGAAAAAAUCACAGAGCGAUGACAAAGAGACAAGGCAAACGAUGAUAUGCUUAAUGAGUACGAUUAAGCGCAGUAUUUAUAGAAUUACCAACACAUUUAAAGACUAUAUUAAGGACUUACCGCUAGAAGCAGAUACUGUAGGACAGCUGCAGAGCUUUCUAACUUAUAGAGAGUGAAAAACUUGCAUUUUAUAUGACUAUUAUUUCAUAUUUGUAACACUCACGCUAUGACUGGAACAAUUCGUUUAUUUUUUUUUAUCUUUUUUGCUUCCUCACUAAUUUCGUAAUAUCUUUCCAGUUAGUAAAUUCGUACUAUCUAUUGUAAAAAUUUGUCAUCCAUAAUCAUAUUACUUCAAAUAUAAAAUUAAAUAUCAUUUUUAUCCCUGUUUAUAUUAAUCGAACUACUUUACUGAUAAUUGUAGUUUACCUAAAAUAAUUAAGCAGUGUCUUUAUUAUUGUAGUGAACAGAACGAAUUUUUAGCGUUUUAGGUUCGAAACUUAUUAUGGAAUGAAUAA